CAUUUUUUUUAAAAAAAUGAAUCUUUUAUCCACUCAAUUAUUAUCAUCAAUAAUUCUUUCAUUUUUCUCCUCUAUAAUAUGUAUGUCGGAGAGAGAAAGAAUCACUUUAAGAAAUGAAGUUCGUGAAAUGUUUACACAUUCAUAUGAUUCUUAUAUGAAUUAUGCUUAUCCAGCCGAUGAAUUGAUGCCUUUGUCCUGUAAGGGACGUUUUCGUGGUGUUGAAAUCUCUCGUGGAGAUGUUGAUGAUGCCUUAGGAAAUUUUUCUCUUACAUUGAUCGACACAUUAGACACUCUAGCGAUAAUGGGAAAUUAUUCGGAGUUUGAAAAAGCCAUAAGUCUGGUGAUCAAUGAUGUAACUUUUGAUUCCGAUAUUGUUGUUUCAGUUUUUGAAACGAAUAUCCGUGUAUUAGGUGGAUUACUAUCAGCCCAUGUUCUUGCUCAAGAUAUUCAAAAGAAACACCAUCUUCUCGGAUGGUAUGAUAAUCAAUUAUUAUCAAUGGCUAAGGAUAUUGGCCACAGACUAAUAGCUGCCUUCAAUUCAACUACAGGAAUCCCUCAUCCUAGAGUCAAUCUUAAAUAUGGGAUGAAUUCUUUCAAAAUUGGUCCUCUCAAAGAGACUUGUACAGCUUGUGCUGGAUCAAUGAUUUUAGAAUUCGCAGCACUAAGCCGAUUGACUGGCGAUUCUAUUUUUGAGAUAAAAGCACGAAAAGCAAUGGAUUAUCUUUGGAGUCAACGACAUCGUCAAUCAGAUCUGGUCGGAAACAUUAUUAAUAUUGAUACUGGAGAUUGGAUUCGUAAAGAAUCUGGCGUAGGAGCAGGCAUCGAUUCUUACUAUGAAUAUUGUCUUAAAACAUACAUUUUGCUAGGAGAUGAAAAAUAUUUAGAUCGUUUUAAUCGCCACUAUGCUAGCAUUAUGAAAUAUAUUAGUAAUGGACCUUUUCUUAUCGAUGUUCAUAUGCAUCGACCACAUAAUCAAGCAAAGAAUUUCAUGGAUUCUUUAUUAGCCUUUUGGCCUGGAUUACAAGUGCUAAAAGGAGAUCUAAAACCGGCAAUUGAAACACAUGAAAUUUUAUAUCAAAUUACUCAAAAACAUAGUUUUCUUCCUGAAGCAUUCACAAUGGAUUUCAAUAUUCAUUGGCCUCAUCAUCCAUUACGACCUGAAUUUAUUGAAAGUACUUAUUUUCUCUAUUUAGCUACUAGAGACAAUCAUUAUUUGGAUGUUGGAAAAGAUGUAUUGAAAAACUUGCAAAAUUAUACUCGUGUCCAUUGUGGCUAUGCGGCUGUGAACGACGUACGGACUAAAAAAAAGGAAGAUCGAAUGGAUUCUUUUUUUCUGGCUGAAACACUCAAAUAUUUAUAUUUAUUGUUUAGUGAAAAACAUGAAAUUGAAUUUAAUUUGGAUGAUUAUGUGUUCACAACGGAAGCACAUUUUCUACCACUUUCAUUGGCCUAUGCGAACAAUACUUAUAAAAGUUUUUCCAAAUUUUCACGUAAAAAUUAUCUAUUUUCUGAUUCUGAUUACAAUUGUCCAACAACAAAGGAAUCAUUGCGAAAAAGCAAUCUUUACGACAACAAUAUGGACAAUUUAAGUUAUUUUAAAAUAUUACGAAUGCAAGUACGAGAUUUAGUCUCGAAUCGUGAUCCACGUUCAUCGAAAACUAAAAUUUCCCGUCCACCAAGAAUACGAGCCGCACAAUUUUCAGCAUCAAAAAGUGAUCACAUAGAUCUUGUAAAACAAUUGGGCAUUAAUGUGAUAAUACUGAAAGAUGGUCGUGUUAAAUUGAUUCAUGAUUCUACAAUGGCUCAAUCAUUGGAAGCAGCUGAAGAAGGUGUUCAUUUUAUGCAAGAAAUGAUCUCACUAUCGCAACAACAGCGGCAAUAUGAACAACGAUUGCGUACAGUUUCGUUCAUUCUUUCCAAGACCAUCAAAGUUUCAUUAUUGGCUGGACCAGCUCAAUUUGGUUACGAUUUCAAUUCCGAUAAAAGCCACAUCGAAGGAACGAUUAUCAAAUUGAAUCCAUUUGAUGGCUGCAAUAUUGACGAAAUUACUACCGACAUUAAAAAUCAAAUCGUAUUAGUUCAAAGAGGCAAUUGUAUGUUUAUAGAAAAAGCUCGAAAUAUUCAAAAUCUUGGAGCCAUUGGUAUGAUUGUCGUGGAUAAUGUUGAAAAUAGUAGUUCAAAAAAUUUGCCAAUGUUUUCAAUGUCCGGUGAUGGAAUAAAUGACGUUAAAAUUCAUUCCGUUUUUCUUUAUUCGGAAGAUGCUAAAAUUUUGUUUAAUGCAAUGGAAGAAAAUCCAAACAUGAAAGUCAAAUUAGAUAUUCAUCAUGACGAGGAGAUUGUUUCAGUUAAUGGAUCCAAUUCGAAUAAUGAGGAUGAAAAUGAUUCAACGCAGACUUCCACUGACAGUAACAAUUAUAAUAUGCAAGAUAUGAUAUCGAAUUUGUUUAAAACAGAUAAACUUAGAUUUGAUCUAUUAUCGGUGAUAAAUUUUAAAAAUUUAAAUGCCGAUCAUUCCAACAUGUUCAUGUCGUUGUUAAAGAACAUUGCUCUUCCCAUUGUAACGAAAAUGAAAAAUGAAAAUAUUGAACCUGAUAAUGAAAAGAAAAUCAAAAACAUGAAAUGUUGGAAUCCCCACCGAAAAUCUAAUCACUUUAUUCAUUUCAUGAAGAAUUCAUUAUAUACAUGUUAUUAGAAGAUAACACAAUGUGAUAUACAAUUUUUUGUUCAAGUGAUAAUAAUUAUUAAUCAAAUCAAUCAAGAAUUAUAUUUGCUUU